CGCCCUUCUCAUUCCGGGCCAGGAGGGCGGGCUCGGGCGGAGCCAAGAUGGCGCCGGCGUGGCUGUGGCGGCGGCUCUGUCAGGGAUUAGCUUUUCCUGUCAGUUAUGCRAGCAGAAUUAUGCAAAAGCAGUAUUUUCUUCCGAGCUCCAACUUGAUGAGAACACAGCUGGCUGGAUCCCAUGUUGAUACACAGGAGCCUAAGACUAACCCUUUGGUGUCUGUUUCAGAUGAGCCAGAAACAYUGUACAAGAGAUUGUCCAUUUUCGUUAAAGGGCAUGAUAGAGCUGUGUUGGACAGCUAUGAAUAUUUCGCAGUGCUUGCAGCUAAAGAACUUGGCAUCUCUGUUGAAAAAGUAGAUAAACCCCCAAAGACGAUAGAACGAUUGACKCUUCUCAAAUCUGUACACAUUUACAAGAAGCACAGAGUUCAGUAUGAAAUGAGAACACAUUACAUGUGUCUAGAGYUAAAAUACCUAACAAGCAGUACUGCUGCGGUUUACUUGGAGUAUAUCCAACGAAACUUACCUGAAGGGGUUGCCAUGGAAGUGAAAAAGACUAAGAUAGAGCAAAUACCUGAACACAUUCAGAAACCUGUUUGGGAUACACUACCUCAAGUAGAAGAAGCUGAAGUCAAGUAAUGAACACAUCAGGUACUUGGCUCCAUUAAUACUGAAAUUCAUUGCUCCURUCAACCUAAUUUACUGAGACUGUCCAUUGUUAAAUAAAGGUUCUCUUAUCAUGAAAUUUUAUAUAAACUCUUGUUUCACCAAGUUAUUCUUGCUCGUAACUCCAGUACAUGUAGACUGAACAGCUGUACAGUGAAAAAGUUUCACUGUUCUCCGUGAUAACUGUGGUCAUUUCCAAUAAGUUUGUAUAAAGAAAAAAUUUAGUUUUACUUAUAUAUAUAAAAGUGUGUAUAUAUGCACUUGUAUAAAUUCACCAUCUCCUUUUGACACUAGACAGCUUCUGAACUCUGAAA